CUCUGUGUUACGCACCGCACAGUAGCCUACCACACCCAACCAACCCCACUAUCUCUCAUGACCAAACCGGACGGCCUCGCGCCUGACACAAACGACCACGUUUCCCCCGCCGCCUGGGGAACUUGGGAGGAGCUCCUCCUCGCGUUCGCUGUCAACCGCCACGGCACCGCCGCCUGGGAUUCCAUAUCUUCCGAACUUCAGAAGAGGACAUCGGACCCUAACCUCUGCCUCACCGCGCACGGCUGCAGGUCAAAGUAUCUCGACCUAAAGCGCCGGUUCGUCAUCACCAAUGACAAAUCCAACGCCGACGAAUCCGCGCCGUUGCUGGACGAGCUCAGGAAAUUGCGCGUCGCCGAGCUCCGCCGAGAAGUGCAACGUUACGAUCUCAACAUCGAGUCACUCGAGUUGAAGAUGAAAAGGAUGGAGGAGGAGAGGGGAAAACGCGUCAGGAGUGAGAAGCGCGAGGCGGAUCUAGAAAAUAAUGUCGAGGAGAAGAGAGAUUGUGAAGCGGAGGCGGCCGGCGGAGAAUUGGAGAAGGAUCAGCUGUCGGUGAAUGAAUCGAACUCGACAGAUCCGGGAGCGGAGAAAUUAAUAGCCGGCGAGUCGGCUUCGGAACCGGCUGGAGCCGGAGGAGAGGAGGCGAGGAACGAUCGAACCGGAGAGACGAGCGGCGAACCGGCGGGGAUGAAACCAGACAAAUCUGUGAGGGAGGAUUCGUGCAACGGGAGCUCGAACAGUAUAGAGGAGCCAGACCGGAAGGUGAAGACCGAAGCGGUGGCUAGAUCGGCUGAGUCGGAGGCGAUGAAGGAGAACUCGGACGUGCAGAGCUCGGCAAGUAGAUCGAGGAAGGAGGAGGAGGAGGGGAGUGAUAAGGUGCGGCGCGGGAGCAGCAGUGGCGAUGAGCGUGAACACGAGGAUCAAUCUGGUGGCGUCAAAGAAUUGGCCGCCGAAUCGCAGCCGUUGCUUGACUUUCUACAAGCGAUUCGCGCGCCCAAGAUCGGCUCCAUCUUCGACCGCCGCCUCCGGAGCCAGGAAACAUCAAAAUAUGAGAAGCUGAUUCUCCAGCACAUGGAUCUAGAAACAAUUGAAACCAGAUUGACGGAAGGCUUGUACACUGCUUCCGCCACCAAGUUCUACCGCGAUCUCUUGCUGCUCGUUAACAACGCCCUUGUGUUCUUCAGCAAGAACUCAUCAGAGUCGAGCGCAGCCAUAGAGAUCCGACGUCUCAUCUCCAAUGAGAUCUCUCACAAACACGCUAAGUCUGAUUCUUCAUCUGUGAAGCAGGUUUCUUUGCAGUCUCUCUCAAUGCCCAAGAAAGAAGAUGCCAAGGCCUCGCCUCCUCCCUCGUUGACGUUGAAGCCAAGAAUAUCCGGCUCCUUGAUCGUCUGCCGGAAACGCAGCUCGAUUACCAAGGCAACCGCGUCAUCUUCAGGGACGGACAAGAAGAAACAGCCGACUGAGGAGGACACCGAACAGCAAUGGUCUGGUGAUGCUGAGGAGCCUAAAAUCACCAAGAAACGAACAAGGGAUCGAUUUCCUGCAGCGUCGUCAGCCAACUCUAAGAAGAAUGGCAAGAAUCAAGCCAGCAAAACCUCCCCGGCUGAGUCAGUGAAGCAGCAGCAGGGGAAAGGAGGAGGUUCGUCGUCCUCGCAAUUGGAGGUAAAGGGCGACAGCAAGAAGAGCCACUCGAUGUCGGACUCGAAGAAACGCGGUGCAGCCAACUUCUUGAGUAGGAUGAAGCAAGGCUCGUCGCCAAAAAAAGGCGUGUUGGUUGAUGCAUUGAAGAACACGCCGUUGACUAGCGAGAGUGUGACUGGCAAGAAAAAUGAGAGUGCAAAGAGAGGUGAAAAGAAGGAGCCGGCGGGCACUAGGAGAGUUACGGAGACGAGGGAGAAGGAGAAGGAGAAGGGCAGCCCGGGAAAGAGGAAUGUGGGACGGCCACCGAAGAGAGGGGCUGUGCCACCACCUUCGGCUGGCGGGAAACGCAGUCGGGAGACUGAGCCAGAGGCGGCUUCGAAACAGCCCAAGAAAAGGUCGAGGAAGUUAUAGUAAUGUGGAAGGAAAUGAAGGAAGAUGCACGAUAUUGGUAGGUAGCGUAAGGAUUCUUGGUUGUUUAAUUAGUGCGUUUGUAUUUAGUGAAAUGGAAAAGUAGGGCAAAGUUAGUGAUGGUUUAAGUGAAAUCUUUCCAAGACCAAUACACAACUGCGUUUUAUAUCUA